AGCUCCACACACUAACACCUUGGCAUAAAACUGCACUGGUAGGUUUGUCACAGGGAACCUGACCUCCAGAGCUGAGGAGAAGUCUGGACCUACAUGGAGUCCACCCUCCCAAAAGCUCCAGAUGGAGCUAGCACAGCAGGCACCCAGCAACCUGCAGCGGUCACCUCUGGUGGUUUGCAGUCUGUUGCUGAGGUGACAGAGCCUGUAGACCUGGGCAAGACGGCGGCAGACAAGGCUCCGCCUGGAUGCCCUUUAGCAACAGGAGAUGAACAGCUGUAUUCGUUUGACAGCUCUCCUGACAGUGAAGAUGAGGGCAUUGGUAAGACGGAAAAGAAGAAAAAGAAGCUGAAAAAGAAGAGGAAGAAGAAAGACUCCAGCUCAUCGUCUUCAUCUUCAUCUUCCUCCUCUUCCUCCUCUUCCUCCUCCUCCUCCUCCUCCUCCUCCUCUUCUUCCAGUAGCUCCUCAGACAGUGAUAGUGAGGAUGACAAAAAAAAGAAGAAGAAAAAGGAGAAGAAGGAGAAAAAGGAUGAGCAGAAAGAUAAUGUAUCGGACAAUGUUAACAUAUGUCCUUCCGGCCUUGAUGACUUGGCUCCAGGAGAUCAGCUCGUGACUCAGGAUUCGAUUUCAUCAGAAGAGGAGGAUGAACAGAAGAAAGAUAAAAAGAAGAAGAAGAAAAAGGACAAAAAGAAGAAGAAGGAUUCCUCUUCCUCCUCGUGUGACAGUGACAACGAAAAGAAGAAGAAGAAAAAAAAGAAGAAGAAAAAGAAGAAGAAGAAGGAUUCCUCUUCCUCCUCAUCUGACAGUUCCUCCUCUGACAGUGAGGAUGAAAAGAAGAAGAAGAAGAAAAAGAAGAAGAAGAAGAAGAAGAAGGACUCAAGCUCCUCCUCUUCAGAUAGCUGUUCCUCUUCAUCGUCUUCUUCUGACAGCGAGGAUGACAAAAAGAAGAAGAAGAAGAAAAAGAAGAAGAAGAAGAAAAAGAAGAAGAAGAAGGACUCAAGCUCCUCCUCUUCAGAUAGUUGUUCCUCUUCAUCGUCUUCUUCUGACAGCGAGGAUGACAAGAAGAAGAAGAAGAAGAAAAAGGACAAGAAGAAGAAGAAAAAGAAGGACAAGAAAAAGGAUUCCAGCUCUUCAUCUUCUGACAGUGAGAAAGAUAAGAAGAAAAAGGACAAGAAAAAGAAGAAGGAUAAGAAAACGGAUGACGAGCAGAGUGAGACCAGCAGUGCUACUGCUCUCUCAGCAGCAGAUGGUGAGAUUGCGGGAACAAGCACUGAUGGGCACAAAAAGGAAGUUGAUGAGGCCAAGACCAAAGAGCCUAAAUCACCAGAAGGGUGCAAACUCCUCCCUGGGGGCGCAGAGGCACUCCCUUACUGUAUUGAGGAGGGCCACCUGAGUGACGAUGAGGGAGAAGGAGGGAAGGAGAAAGAUAAAAAGAAGAAAAAGUUGAAGAAGAAGAAGUCAAAGGAUUCAGGUUCAGACAGCGAAGAUGACAAAAAGGAGAAGAAGAAAAAGAAGAAAAAGGGCUCCUCCAGCUCAUGCUCUUCCUCAUCUGAUAGCUCCUCUUCAGACAGCGAAGAUGAGAAAAAGAAAAAGAAGAAGAAGAAGAAGAAGGUGAAGAAGAAGAAGGAUAAGGAUUCCUGCUCUUCCUCGUCAGACAGUGAAGAUGAAAAGAAGAAGAAAAAGAAGAAGAAGAAGAAAAAGAAGAAGGGUAAAAAGAAGAAGGAUAAGGAUUCCUGCUCUUCCUCGUCAGACAGUGAAGAUGAAAAGAAGAAGAAAAAGAAGAAGAAGAAGAAAAAGAAGAAGGGUAAAAAGAAGAAGGACAAGGAUUCCAGCUGUUCCGCCUCCUCUUCUUCCUGUUCUGAUAGUGAAGAUGACAAGAAGAAAAAGAAGAAGAAAAAGAAGAAGAAGAAGAAGGCCUGCUCUUCUGACGAUGGCUCCUGUUCGUCGUUAUGCUCUUCUACCUCUGACAGUGAUGGUGACAAGAAAAAGAAGAAAAAGAAAGAUAAGAAAAAGAAGAAGAAAAAGGACAAGAAGAAGAAACAGAAGGAUUCCUCUUCCUCAGACUCCUCUGGCUCCUGUAGUGAUGACGAUAAGAAGAAAAAGAAGAAGAAGAAGAAAGACAAGAAGAAGAAGAAAAAGAAAGACAAGAAAAAGGACUCGGGUUCUUCUGGUAGUGACGAUGACAAGAAGAAAAAGAAGAAGAAGAAGAAAGACAAGAAGAAAAAGAAGAAGAAGGACAAAAAGAAGAGCUCCGGAUCAUCAGAUUCCUCUGGUAGUGGCAGUGACAAAGAAAAUAAAAAGGAUAAGAAGAAGAAAGAGGAUAAGAGUUCACAGUCAUCAGGGAGUGAGCCUGACAAGAAGAAGAAGCCCGACAGCCCAACUGGUGAGAAAUGCAGCGAGCCAAAAACGAAAGAUUCAUGCUCAAGCGGUGGUGAACUUUCUGCUCCCAGUGGCGGUAGCUCCAAGCCAGGGGGCGCUCCUGUGGCCUCCUACGCAACCCUCCCCUCCAAGCCCGUCGUAAAGCUCGACCCUCUGGCUCCCUCGGCCGUCUCCAAGCCCCCCGAGCCUGACAACGUAUUCCAUCCUGGCCCCCGAACCUUCGUUCGCAGACCCGUCAGCCCCAUGGAGUCCCUGAUGGGGAGCCCAAGGAGGUACGGGGACGGGUCGACCCGGUCCUCCACCCACCUCACCUCAAGUGACCUCCUGAGAGGCCCCAAGCCUUAUGUCCCGUGAGAUGUUCCACACCUGAGUGGAAGUUACUGAUUUAAACGAGAGGUGCUCCAGUGAUGCCCUCAGACUUGUGUGACCACUCAGUGUGACAUGACAUAAUUCAACAUGUUUUCAGGUGCAUUAGAGAGCCGUUACAUGCACGUUGAGGGAAAUAAUCAAGAAAAAUGAAACCAUCAUUUAUAUCUGCUGUUUAAUUGAAAUGAAUAUACAGAGAUUAGGUGGAAAAAUACAAAUGUUUGCUAUGGGGAAUAAAAUACUAUGGUUUA